AUGCGCUAACGACGCAUGAAGGCGGCAACAGUGCCCAUUGGUUGGUUCCUGAGAUCACCUGAGUCUCCCUUUCCCUCCGCAGCUUUCCCACUGAUUGGCUCGUCGCUCCUCCGCGCGAGAAGAGCCCGGCGCGGCACGCAGCAGGGGAUUGGCGGAGCGAACUGCCGCUCUGCUUUCGCCCCUUCCGCCGCCGGGUGGGCAGCCGACAGCUCCGCCUUUGCCGCCGAGCUGUGUGUUCCGGGCUUGCCGCGUCGGGAUGAGCCGCGCUUCCCCAUGGAGACCAAACGGGCCGAGAUCCCCAGCAGCGUCCUGGACGACCUAUGCAGCCGAUUUAUUUUGCACAUUCCAAGCGAAGAGAGAGACAAUGCAAUCAGAGUGUGUUUUCAGAUUGAACUUGCCCAUUGGUUUUACUUGGAUUUCUACAUGCAAAACACACCAGGAUUACCUCAGUGUGGGAUAAGAGACUUUGCAAAAGCUGUCUUCAAUCACUGCCCUUUCUUACUGCCUCAAGGUGAAGAUGUACAAAAGGUUUUAGAUGAGUGGAAGGAAUAUAAAAUGGGAGUGCCAACCUAUGGUGCAAUUAUUCUUGAUGAGACACUUGAAAAUGUUCUUUUGGUUCAGGGCUAUUUAGCAAAGUCUGGUUGGGGAUUUCCUAAAGGAAAAGUAAAUAAAGAAGAGGCUCCUCAUGAUUGUGCUGCUAGAGAGGUGUUUGAAGAAACUGGGUUUGACAUAAAAGAUUAUAUCUGUAAAGAAGAAUACAUUGAGCUGCGAAUUAACGACCAGCUAGCACGAUUGUACAUCAUUCCGGGAGUUCCCAAGAACACAAAAUUCAAUCCCAAAACUAGAAGGGAAAUUCGGAACAUUGAGUGGUUUUCCAUCGAUAAAUUACCAUGCCACAGAAAUGACAUGACCCCCAAGUCCAAGCUAGGUUUGGCACCUAACAAAUUUUUUAUGGCCAUUCCUUUUAUCAGGCCAUUGAGGGAAUGGAUUUCCCGAAGGAUUGGAGGGGAUUCCUCAGAUAGUGACAGAUUUUCACCUACAGGGAGCACACCCUCUAAGCCCAACUUGGAAAAAGCUAGAUCCAGACUUCGUAGUAGUCAGCAGCUGUUCACAGAUGGCUCUUCCGGAGAGCAGUGGAUGAAGCAAAAGCAGCAACAAAAGCCAUAUAAUCAUCCUGACAUGUCUGAAGUGUUAAAAACAAAGAGUCAGAGCUUGAAGGGCAAUGGCAGAAAGCAGAAUCAAGACACUCCUGCCCAAAAGAAGAGAACAAAUGGAGUCCACAGUCAACCAGCCAAGCAAAACCAUGCCUUGAAAUGUGAAAAAAAGCUUAAUCCAAGAAAACUUCAAGAUAAUUUUGAAACAGUAGAUGCAGCGUAUGAAAUCUGCUGUUCUGGUGAAGACCCACUGCAGGAACAUGUAGAGGGGCACUCUGUGGCAUGCAAUGGCAAUUACAAAUUUGCUUUCUCAUCUAGAGCUUUCUUGAGUUUCAAGUUUGACCACAAUGCCAUAAUGAAAUGUUUUGACCUCUGACAGCAAAUCAUUUAUGAACAAAGAUCAGACUUGCCUGUUGCAAUUGAGGGGUUUCUUAUCUAGCCUUACUCUUUCUCAGGAGUUUUUUUUUUAUUAUUGUUGUUGAAUUUUUGUUGUUGUUCAUUUGUUUUUAAAUGCAAUGCAGGGACUGACUGGUGAUUUGGAAGGGUUUGUUCUCUUUGCAGUUUUGGAGUGGCAUAGUCAAGUGUUGCACUUUAAAUGCAGUAUAGCCUUUGUCCACAAAAGUACCUUUCCAAUGCUCAGUUCACUUGUUCCUAGCCAUGCAUUAGAGGGCAUUCUUUUUCCUCAUUUUAUUAACUUGUGUGUUUUUCAGAUUGUCAUUGACAUUGACAUUUUUUUGUACUGCUGGAGUAUACCAGUGUGUUAGACUUCUAACUGCUCUGAUGUAAAUUAUUGGACUUGUUAGUCAUUAUUUUAUAGUGCAUUGCAAUAUUAUGGCAGCAGCAAUGAAACUGGUUCUCAGAGGACUCCUGUCUGUCCUGGUAAUUUUGAAACUGGACAUUGCACAUUUCAAACCUAGCCUCAGCUUAUUAUCCUUUCUUUUUCCUGAUUGUUUACCCACUGUACUUCCCUCCUUCACACUGAAAGUGAAUUUGUUUUGGCUGGCAACUGGUAGUAUAUGGGUCAAAUUAUAGCAUUUUUACUUCUUGGAUACCUACUCUGCCUCUGUUUCUGGCAAGGAUACACAGACUGAGUAGAAUCUAGCCAUUCAGAGUGUCUAGCUUCAACUCUUAUGCACUGACCCGAGCUGGGUAAAAAGAAGUUAAAAAGUUCUGCAUUCUCAGUUGUAGCUGCUUUCAAAAAAGAAAAGCUCAAACUUGUUUGUGGGAGGUUUCUUGUGUAGAAUUUAUACUGAAUGUAAAUACGCCUCUACAUCUUGCCAGGAGGAAAGAAGGUGCAUGGAUAAUAGAAUCAUUGUGUAACACUAAAUGGCUUAAUCAGGCUUGCAAUAACUAUUCUAAGGAUGUCCAGUAUUGUAUUCCAUGCUGUAAUCGACAGUUCUUUCCUUUAGUUUAUGCUCUGUAUAUGUAUGUAUGUGUGUGUAUAUAUAUAUAUACAUACAUAUAUAUAGUAGUAUCGAAUUGCACUUGCAGUUAGCAUUUUAAUGAUGUAGCCACAGUCAUUUUCAGCUACAACACUUUCUUAGUAAAAAUACCAAACACACAAACUAAAAAAAACAGUAACAGUUGAGGUGAUAAACUGUUAAGUGUUAAAUCACCUUCAUGAUUCACGUUAGUGUUCUGAACACAAGCUUUGCAGCUGAGAGAAACACACUGAACUUAUUUGAUAUAGCAGCUUGUGUUAUCAGGCACAAUCAAGUUCCAGAUUUAAAAAUGGACUUCUAUGUAAAAUUAAGAUGUGUGAUUAGUAACUUUCACGUUGAACAAACUAGGCCCUCCUCUCUCACUCAGAGCGUAUGCUCAUGCACUGAGUCUUUAUGCAACUCAUGUGGCAUCCAAAAACACAAUCCUGGUCUUCCUUUAACUGCCCUAAUUAAUCUAUUACCCAGUGUUUUUCCUCAGAAAUAGCGUUAGAAUCUGGUUUGUUUCAUCUGCUUGAUGCCAGGUGAUUUGGGACUCUAAUGCUGUAAUACUUCUGGUGAUAGGAAUCGCGGAUAUUUCUAUCAGUUAACAGGAGAAACAGACUGCAGCAUUUCUUCCUUCUAGAGGACAAGAGUCCUGAGGGCCUUGUUUUUCAAGACCAAAUCAUGAAAUAUCUCAGUCUAGCUUUGUCUCACCUAGUUUUAAAAAAUUAAAAAAAAAAAAAAAAUCCAAAGGCUGUUCAAAACAUUAAGUUGAUAAGUACAGUAACUGAGUAGGUGGGAUAAUGCUGGAGGUGGUUACUCAGCUUCAGGUGAAAGUAAUCCUUAGUUAUGUCUCUAGUGCAAGUAGUUGAUUUCCCAGCAAAAGUGCCUUUACUCAUGGUGAGGCAGAAGUUUGUAUUCGUAUCUUGAAGCUGCUGCUGCUGCCUGUGGAGUUUCUAAGACACUCCUAGGGCAUGAUUCAGUAUCGGGCUGUGGAAAUCUGUAAUAAGUAGGUUGUUUUUUUUUUUAAUAAAAAAAAAGUUAUUUCAUGUAGUGCUCUGUGAAAUAAGGGGAAUGUUGAUGAAACCGUGAACUUGGAACUUCUGUCACAGACAGAGGAAGUCUUUAAAAUGAAGCAAGUGUGUCCUAUGGAUAGGAGUUGCUGGGUGCUUUCUAUUCACUGGGUCAUUUUUCUGUUCCUAGUGAAAGCCUGGCUCAGUGUAAGAGAGACUGAUUGCUUCAUUAAGCAGCCCAAAGUGGGGCUUGUACACGUUAUGAUUUUAGUACAACUAGCCUUAAUGUGAGUUGCAAAUAAAUGUGAUAAAUAUGCAAUAACUUUUACUUCUUUGUAUAAGGGUACUGUUCCUUGUAGUAGUAUUGCUUUCUGCUUCCUAAGUAAGGUUGCUAAAACAAUGUGAGUGUGGUGGCAUGUGACCUACUUUAUGACUUCCAUCAUGCCCUGCACUGUGAGCAUUUUGGAUUGUUUACUGUUAGUUCAUGUUCUUAUUUCACCAUCAUUUUAUAGUUAAAUAUAUUUCCAAGUUUAGAAGUAUACAGUUUACACUCUUUUCUGUUAAACAAUGAAGAAAUACCAAGUGAGAGAUUUUAAUUCCAUGAGUUUUUAUUUUUGGGAGCUCGACACAGGGAAGUAAAUAACUGUUUGCAUGUCAGACUUAACAGGUGAUGUUAAGAUGCUCAUUAAAGCAAGCCAGAAUGCUCCCCUGGAAGAGGUCACUCAGAGUGUGGAUUGAUUAUUGAAAUUAAAGAAGGUAUGGAAUGUCCAAAUUUUAACACAAAACCAACAAAUAUCUCAGUACUGGGAAUCUAGUACUACUUUGCCAUUUCUAGUACUACAUAAACUCUCUGUCUUGGUGGAGUUUUAUAGCAUCUCUCCACCACACAGAAUACCUUGAACUUUGACUGAAGAGUGAUCUGCCUAAUUGAAUUAAGGGUGUUCUGUGCUGUUACAUUAACUUCAGCUCCUUGAUGUAUAUGCAUGCUUCUGAAAAUACCUGUGUCUUGCGUAGUUUGAAGUCAGGAAAUGGUGGUAUUGAGAAAAGGGGAUAUAGCUUUAUUUACUGCACAAUCAAAGCUUUUAAAAAAAUUUUUUUACACAAUUUAAUUUUAGACCAAACCUGCAUAAGUAGUUUGUAACACAAUUUUGGGCCUACUUACUUUAUGAGGCUUCUGUGCUGUGCUCCAACCUUCCAGAUCUAGGUUAGUGAACUGGGAACAACGCUGAUUGUGUUUUUCUUCACCUACUUGUGGCUGUUGUUUAUGUAACAGUUUCUUUUAAAAACAAGGCAGACUUUGAGUCUGGCUGUUCUAAUAGACUUGCUCUCAGAUUGGCCUUUUUUUUUUUUUCCAACUCAUUGUGUUUACUGACUUGCAGUGUAUAGCAGCACUGGUACCAUUCUAGUACAAAGAGUCUACAUUAGGAAUCCAAGCUCUAUUGUCCUGCGGUACAAAUGGCACUGCUACUCCAUAGGUGACUGGCUUCCCAGUUGUUGGAAAACCAGUUUAUUCUCAACUACUUUUUUUUUUUGAAAGAAAUUCUAAGCAACAGGUUUUUUUUCAGACAUAAAAUCAUGUGCCUUCAUCUUUUAAAUUAGGAAGUUACACUCUGAACUAUUGAGAACUGGUAGAAUAGCCUCUUUUGUUGAUUUAAAAGCAGAUUACUUACAGAAAAUUGAGCUUGCAGUGCAGCUGUUGAAGAAUCCGGUGCUAAUACGUGACUUCAUACGAAUUUCAGUUUGCUUUUGUUAUUAUUUCAGCUUUUGAAGCAACCAAAAAAUCUAUGUGGUAAAUUUCUACAAACUGAAGGUGCUUUUACAGUAAAUUAGGCUUGGGAAUGUCACUACUCUUGCAUAGAUUUUUGUUCUAAUGCGUUUAUAGCUAUAGUCUAGUUCAAGAAUGAAAGAAGUAGGUGAAGUAUGAGUAUCAGCACUGUUCUUAAUACUGUACAUAUGCACUGAUAGAUGCAGUAGGAUUUGUGCUGUGUGCGCUUUUAACUGUUUCAAGUAGGUUGUGAACGCACAAGCAAGAAAACAUAGCAAUUUUAUUGGCCAUGUUCAAGAUAUCAUACAAGAUAAAAUUACUUGGAUUAGUAGGAGUACAUUAAAAUCAAAUGCUUGGGUUCUAACCUGUCUUUUCAUUGAAAGUGUUAGGUUAAACUAGACCAACUUACAGAUUCCACUUUACUGGAAAACUCAUCUUUAAAAAGUUCUCAGCUGUGGAAUGCUUCUGGGAAGAAAAUGUGUCUUCAGUUCAUCUUUCCAUCUUGGGGGAGGGGGAGAAACAAGUAUGCUUUUAAGUAAUGAUCAGGAAUUUGUUUUCCUGGGAUACAAACUGUUUAAAAUUGAGUAGGUCCACCCUGAAUUUUAUGGGAAACACUUGAUCAGAACUAACUUGCAAUUUCUUUCCAUUAUGGGUUAUACUUCAGUGACCUGAAGAAGAUAACUACAACCUAUGGGGUGCUGAUUUUAAAAGGGGCAUCCACAGCUUUUUAAGAAUACAGGACCUACAAACUCAGUUGUCUGCGCCACACUUUUUGCUGAUAAAAAUGUACUUACAAGUUUUUUUUAAGCAUGUUUGAGUAAAAUUAUUCAACUAGGGAGACAAACCAUUUAUUCCUACUGUUCGGGUACAUAUUUCUGUUAUGCAGGAAAAGUUUGUAAAAUUGCAUGAUUUAAGAGCUCUCAGCAAAUACUUCUCAAGCCUACACUUAAAACAGGAUCCUUAACGAACUUUACUGUGUCUGCUUGGCACUGCAGUAUGUGGAAACAGUACUUCAGUCCUGAGGAGCAGUCCAUCUGUUUGCAAGAAACUUUAACAUGUGGAAAAAAAAAACAAAACAGACACCACAGAGGAAGGUGGGGGUUUGUUCAUUAAUUCUAGCAUAAUGCUGAAUCCCUGUGCAUGUUCUAGGACAUGGGCUGACGCAGAUACUGCUGCCUGAAGAAAGCUCUUUUCUGUGCAGUGUUGCAUGCCUUGCAGAAAAAUGGAGAGCCCAUGUUUAAUUCUGUGGCUCAUACAUGAUGGGUUAUGUCUUCCUCCUGUUUCUUCAAAGCUCAAGAACUUAAAUCUGUUUCCCUCUCUGGUAUGGAAGUGGCAUAUCAGUGCUAAGUAGAAAGUACUUACAGCUAGUUGUGGGUUGAACCUAUGUAAAGUUACAGAUUUUAUUCAAUUUCCAUUAUGUUAUCUUGAAGAGGGCUUGUAUUGGCCAGCUCUUCAAUUUUAGUAAAUAAAAUCUGUAUCUAUCUGUAACACCGGUUGUACUGAUGAUUGUGAUUUUAAUUGUUAUUCAUGAUACAGAAACUGAAGCACACACUUUAAAAAGCAAUGACUAAAUUGACAUUUUCUUCUAUAAUGUAAUUUUUCUCUACCAUUAAAUGACUUUAUGUACAAACUUA